GAAGUUUCCAACAAAUCAGGUUUGCGACAUUGAAAGACAAACGCGUCUUCUUCACCCAUUCCCUCUUCUUCUUCUGUAUAUUAUCCACAGUUUAUGUUUCUCUCUCGGUGGUUCAUAAUCAUAAAGAACAUUGCUUAAUUCUUCGUGGCGUCGUCUGUUUUACUCUUUGACUUCAGUCCACACUGCUUGCAAGAUUCGAUCUCUCUGCCUCAUUAUUCCGAUGGUCUUUGGAUCGUUCUUCUCUUCUCUCAAGUUCUGGGGAAAUUCUCAGGACAGCGAUGAAUCAUACAGACAGAACUGGCUGGAUCUGUUGUCGUGGUAAUAACAAAAUAAUAAUAUACUAAUCAGAAACUGCGCUUCACAAUCAAACUUCUAUGUUCUGAUUUGGUCAACGAUUAACGCAUAUUGAGAAUGAAUUGCAUUCCGUUACUACGCUCAUCCAAAUCAGAGACUUCAAACCCUAUAAACCUCCAAGAACAAGAGCCGCAGAGAGGGAGGAUGCAGGAGAUAGAUCUUGGUAUCCACACAAUAAGGAGCCAUGGAGUCGGCGUCGCCUCUAAACACAAACACGACUGGAUUAUACUCGUGAUCUUGGUGGCCAUCGAGAUCGGUUUGCAGCUCAUAUCUCCUUUCUACAGAUACGUUGGGAGAGACAUGAUGACUGAUCUUAAAUACCCUUUUAACGACAACACCGUUCCUGUCUGGUCAGUACCAAUCUACGCUGUGCUGCUCCCGAUCAUAGUGUUCGUCUGUUUCUACAUGAAGAGAACAUGCGUGUACGAUCUUCACCACAGCAUUCUCGGGCUGCUCUUCACCGUCUUGAUAACUGGUAUCAUCACUGACUCCAUCAAGCUCGCCACGGGACGCCCUCGUCCUAACUUCUACUGGCGUUGCUUCCCUGACGGGAAUGAGGUGUACAACGCGUUGGGUGGUGUGAUAUGCCAUGGUAAACCAGGAGAGGUUAAAGAAGGUCACAAAAGCUUCCCGAGUGGACACACGUCUUGGUCUUUCGCGGGACUUGGCUACCUCUCGCUUUACUUGUCUGGUAAAGUCAAGGCCUUCAACAGAGAAGGGCAUGUUGCUAAGCUCUGCCUUGUGUUCGCUCCUCUUCUCGCGGCUUGUCUCGUGGGGAUAUCGCGUGUGGAUGACUACUGGCAUCAUUGGCAAGACGUAUUUGCUGGAGCUCUUAUUGGUCUCUUUGUGGCUGCCUUUUGUUACCGUCAGUUUUAUCCUAAUCCUUACCAUGAAGAAGGGUGGGGUCCUUAUGCUUAUUUCAGAGCGGCGCAGGAGCGUGGACAAGCGCAGAAUGGAGAUGUGUUGAGGACAAUGUCUUUGCAGGUGGAACCAACUUCUCUUGAAAACAUGGAGUCUGGCACUUCAUCUGUUCGAAGAUGAUUAGUUCCUCUUCUUUCUUCAUUUGAUUAUUUGGUAUUUUUCAUUUUGGUCGUCGUGAGAGUGUGGAUGAGGUAGUUGCAUGUGUAUUUUUUAACCUUUAACUAGUACUCUUACAUUUGUAUGUAAAUCUAUUCUUCA